CCUCGUUAAAAAAAAAUAAUUAUCUGUCACUGAAAAUGAGCCUUCAAUUUCUUCCAAAGUUAAAGCAGAAAUUUAUCUUAUGAAUUCAGCAUUGUUUCUACAGUCUGCCGCCGUUCAUGGCUUCUUCUCUUUCAUCUCCACUCUUCAUUUCCCUCCUCCUCCUCCUCCUCCCCUUCUACUCCGAUGCCAAUCUUCACAAAACCAGGUUCCGCCGGCCAGAUCUCCUCUCUGAGCUCACAGCAACCGCCGAUCUCGGUCACACUCCUCCGCCCACACUGUUCUUCGAGGUGACGAAGCCCAUUGAAACGCCCAAGGCCAAACCAUGCUCCGUUCUCGCUCUCCAACAUGAUUUCGGCUACACUUACGGAAAAUCUCCCGUUCUGGCGGAUUACACCCCUCCCUCUCACUGCUCCUUCACUAAAUUCUCCAAGAUUGUGCUCGAAUGGAUGGCGACUUGUAGAGGGCGGCAAUUUGAUCGAAUCUUUGGCGUAUGGCUCGGCGGCGUGGAGAUUCUUCGCAGCUGCACGGCGGAACCGAGGGCCACCGGGAUCGUUUGGACUGUUCGGAAGGACAUUACGAGGUAUUCUUCGUUGCUUUCCAAGAAUCAAACUCUGGCUGUUUAUUUAGGCAAUCUCGUAGAUAAGACUUAUACUGGGAUAUACCAUGUGAGAAUUCAUAUUCACUUUUAUCCUGAAGAGAAAAGUUUUGGUGAUAAUGGGGGACGAUUUUUGGAAAAAUCAGCGUCUGGUUAUGAUUCUGGAGCUGAUUUGAUCGUUCCCAUUUCAAGGAGUUUGCCACUGAAUGAUGGCUUGUGGUUUGAGGUUCAGAGUUCUACUGAUGUUCAGGUGAAGGAAUUUGAGAUUCCCCAAAAUGUUUACAGGGCUGUGUUGGAGGUUUAUGUAUCGUUUCAUGAGAAUGAUGAGUUCUGGUAUUCAAAUCUUCCAAAUGAUUAUAUUAUUGCAAACAAUCUUACUGAUACGCCUGGAAAUGGGCCUUUUAGGGAGGUUUUGGUGAGUCUUGAUGGUCAGAUUGUUGGAGCAGUGUGGCCCUUUACUGUGGUUUAUACUGGAGGUGUGAAUCCGCUUCUAUGGAGGCCAAUUACUGGAAUUGGGUCCUUCAACCUACCAUCUUAUGACAUAGAAAUCACACCAUUUUUAGGCAAUUUGUUAGAUGGAAAGGCUCAUAACUUUGGGUUCAGGGUUACCCAUGCCUUGAAUGUGUGGUACAUUAAUGCAAAUCUCCAUCUUUGGUUGGAUGAUAACUCUGCAAAGACUGAAGGAAAGCUUUUGAAUCACAUCGUCUCGCCCCUUGUCAACUCUGAGGAGUCAAACUUCACAGGUCCAGACGGAACAUUCUCGACAAAGGUAACCAGAUCGGUGUCGUCAAUUGGAUGGGUGAAAUCCUCUCGCGGGAUCAUCACAACUCAAUCAAAUCAAGAUUUUAGUUAUAGUAAUUCAAUGGAGAUAGGAAGCAAUGGUAGCAGCCAAGUGGUGAACCAGAAGAUUCAAUUCAACAGUAGUGUUUAUGCCAAGCAGCAAUCUUCUCAUGUUUAUUCAUUCAAAUCUCUCAAAACUUUUCCUCUAUACUUGUACUCAGACACCAAAGAUGAAGGAAAUGGAACUUACCAAUCUUUAGCCAACCUGACAUUAGGAUUCAAUGAGAAGAAGACCGAUGGAUUUGGAUCAUUUAUCAGCUCUCUGAAGAAUCUUCAAAAUGGGCAGGGCUUGAUGGUUGUUAAGGACCACUUGGUGACAAGAGGGUUAGGAAGCACACAGCAAGAUUACAGAUAUCAUGAUGAUAAACUCUGUUAUUUCAGGAACAUAAGCAGCUCUAACUACACCAUUCUUUUUGACAAUGUAAAGAAUACCUGUGGCAAAAAACCAGAAUCCCCUGCAAGUUUAAGGUUUGGCAGGUGGCCAAUUCCAGCAAGAAGGGCUUUCCUAGAUUCGAGUUUGCAGGUCAAUAGUGUACACGUUUAGAAUGAUCGUCUUCUUCCUGGUAUAUACUGAAUGUUUAAGCUGUCAGUUCUUCACAGACUCCUCAAUGCAGGUAAUUCAAAUAAAAGUGCUCUCUCUCUCUCUCUCUCUCUCUCUCUCUCUCAAAGUUUUCUAUUGCCAAUGUCAUCAUGAACAGAAAUUGCUUGUAUUGUACCUCUGUGGAUAUUUGUCUGCUAAAUAACAUGGGUUAUUAUAAUGAA